CCGCCCGGGCCCGUCAUGGGCGGGCCGUGUGUCCGUCUAACACGGCUGACACAGCCGGCGCAGUGGCUACGGACCGACGCGGCGUGGUCCGCGCGAGUGACAUCGCGCUGCCAGAGAAGGGGCGCUGUGAAGAUUGCGGCUGCGCUGGUCAUUCUGUGCUGUUGGCACGUGAUCUACAAAUACAACGCUUACAACCAAGCCGCUCCGAGUCCCGAGCUGCCUCCGUCGGCGGUGUCGCUGCUGCGUCUGUCCGCCUGGCUCCGGUCCGGGCCGGCCGGCGCGGUAUCCCCGGGGGCCCUGCGCGGCUGUCUCCGCCGCCGGCCGCGCCGUCUGCUGUUUGCCGGCCACUCGCGGGUGUGGCAGCUGUUUUGGGCGGCGGUGGGGCGGGCGGGCGCCGAGCUGCGGCCGCGCUGGGCGCCGGCGCACGGACCCCCGUACGGAGGGGACCGGCCGCCGCCGGGGCAGACCGUGCCGGACACCUGUGUGGAGGUGUUCCGGCGGCCGCCCGGGGACCGCCGGCCGCCCGCCUGCAGCUGGGCCGCCGACGCGCCCGGUCUGCAGCUCGACCUGCGCUGGCGCCUGCGGCUGGACGGCCAGCUGAGCCGGCUGCUGACGGAGGCGGCCACACCCGGCCAGACGCCAGACCUGCUCGUCGCCGCCGUGGCCCUGAAGGAGACUGUCCGGGAGCGGGCGCUGCAGCGAGCGCCCCAGGCGCUCUGGGACGCCGUGCAGCGGCACCUGGUGCGCCCGCUGAGGACCCUCACCGACGCCGGCGUGCCCUCCGUCCUGCUGCUCGACUUCCCGCCUAACCGGCGACGGGCGGCGGUGCCGUACGACCGGGGCGCGGGCGCCGCCACCCUGGUCCAGAACGCGCUCAUCAUGCAGGCGGUGCGUGAGGUGCCCGGUCUGCUCGUCUGGACGUCUCCGAUGCCCUCUGUGAUCCAGUUUUACACGGAGACCUGCGGCCGGCCGGCGACGCAGCUGGACACUGAGACCGCCGAGCGGUGCGCCAACGACACGUUCCACCCGGGGCCGGACGUGGUGGACGGCAUGCUGGACCAGCUGCUGCACCUGCUCUGCUAGCAGACCGGCCGUCCAGUGACAUAACCCAACGCCUGCCUGGCAGUGUCUCGAAGCGCCAGCAGCUGCUCAGCGCCGGACACCACCACACCCCGGGGCCAGUCCAAACUAGUCAACGCCAUCCACCUUGCUCACAGUGUACAACGUCCUACGUCGACGUUUAUUAUUAGAUGAUGAAUACACAGUAAAAUAAUUACACAGCUGUUCUCUGCGCGAGCCAGCAGCGACAUCA